AUGCGCAAGACGAAUGAGGCGCUAAGCUCGGAGAAUGCCAGGCUCAAGGAGCAAGUCGAGAAGCAGGAUGCUGCUAUUAAGCAGCUCACCUCUACCGUGACCGAUCUGAUGGGUCGAUUUGCUAAGCUUGAGUCCACAGUUGACUGCAAGGAGGCAGAGCGGAAGCUUAGCGAGUUAGAAGUCUAA